AUGGCGUCCCCACGCGUAGGCAAGGCACUAGCGGCGCGUGCGCCCUUCGUAGCUGUGCUCGCUAUACUGGGCCUAGUGCUGCUUCUGCAUCUUGCAGGCCUCGUCUUGUUCACGAGUGGUUUUUUACUCCAGCGUGUUGAGCUGAAUGCCAUCAAUACAUGCACCAAGGCGCCCAGUGCUACGUGGCAAGCACCCUCGCCACCGCCUUGGGCCGCACAUGGCAAUGAGACGGCGCUCGAUGCCUGGGAUGCCGUGCUUGACGCACAUGCAGAGUGCUCGUUACCGCCGCGCUUCCGCCGUACGGUGCUGUGGAUCAUCGAUGCACUGCGCUACGACUUUAUCGCCGACGCACCCGACUCGCCGCCCCUAGCGAUGCCCAAUCCGUUUAUACACAACUGGAUUCGCACGCCUGCCACGUACACGAACACGACGCCGCGCUCGUCGUUUCUCGCACAUUUUGUCGCUGAUCCGCCCACAACGACGCUUCAGCGGCUCAAGGGGCUCACGACCGGCUCCUUGCCGACCUUCAUUGAGGCAGGAGCGAACUUUGGUGGCUCAGGCCGCGUCCUCGAAGACACAUGGAUCGCACAACUGCGUGCACGGAAAGCGCCACAAGAGCGCCUGAGCUUCGUCGGCGACGAUACGUGGCAGAUGGUGUUUGCCAACCUGUUUGACGAGGCGCAUCCGUACUCAUCGUUCAAUGUCGAGGAUUUGGACACCGUCGAUGCCGGCGUCGAGUCCCACAUGCUGCGUGCGAUGGACCAGGACGACUGGACCCUCAUUGUCGCACACUCACUUGGUGUUGAUCACGUCGGCCAUCGCUUCGGUCCCGCACAUGCCCGUAUGCCGCCCAAGCUCGAGCAGAUGGAGCGCUUGAUCCAGGACGUCUUGCACAAGCUCCGCGACGAUACCCUCUUCGUGCUCCUUGGCGACCAUGGCAUGGACGCGACAGGCGAUCAUGGCGGCGACUCGGAGCUUGAAAUCGGCAGUGGCCUGUGGAUGUAUGCCAACACACCCUUUGAUCCAGCUGCUCGCUCCCUGUUCGGCAGCGCGUCUUCGCCAUCGACCACGUCCCUCACCGAGCAUCCAGAUGUCACGGCGCUCCUGCGUGACACGCCAACGUCCACACCCUCGUUCCAGCCCUUUUCCCUUCUGCCGAUCGCUCCGUUUGAGCAGGGCCACCGAUCGCUUCCACAGAUCGAUCUUGUGCCUACGCUGGCACUCCUGAUGGGUGUUCCGAUCCCCUUCAACAACCUCGGCACGGUCAUGCCAGAACUCUUCGCAUCCGAUACACAGCCUCUGCAGUCGGCAUCGUCGCGUCUUUUGCGUGCACUGCGCAUCAACGCACGCCAGAUCAAGACAUACCUGGAUGCAUACGCAAAGCACUCGGCGGAUCUCAAGCCAUUUUCUGCCGAGCUCCGCCAUGCGUGGCUCACUGCGCUGCAGGCCGACGCUGUCUUUGCCGAGCAUGCGACACAUGACCAUGCCCGUAAAACAGCUCAAGCGUACAUGGCAUUUACGCGCCUUGCACUCGCUCGUGCACAGAGCGUCUGGGCACAGUUCGAGUACGUGCGAAUGGGCCUGGGUAUCGCCGUGCUGGCGUCAUCCCUCGUCGUCACAUGGCUCCUCUGGCACCGCGCUUUCUCCAGCACAACAGCAGCCCUUGCUCGUAUGACGUGGCAAGCUUCAUGGCUUGGUUGUGUGUACGGAGGCGUAGCAGGCCUGCUCCUCUCUCUCACCCUGCGCAUCAGCACACUGGAGGGCCAGCUGGCUGGCAUGGCUCUUGGCACCGCGUGCACACUCACUUGGCACUUGCGCCCCGGCCAUAUGGCGAUCGAUGCGUUCCCCGUGCUGCGAUCCAAGUCGUUCGUGUCUCAUGUCGCUGCAGGAGUCAUCCUGGGCUGCCACGCGAUGCUGUAUGCAAGCAACAGCUUCACGAUGUGGGAAGACCGCAUUACGCUCGGCAUGCUCACGGCCAUUCUCCUUGCUCGAGCCUGGGCGGGGCUCGUUGCGCCUCUCACUCGUUGGCAGCUGCGGAUCCCUAUCAUGGCCGUCAUCGCACUUGUCCUUGUCCGUGUGGCCAGCAUGAGCCGCGUCUGCCGCGAGGAACAAGCGCCGUACUGCACGCCAUCGUUCUAUGCGUACCAUGCGACGACCGACUUUGCCGACAACCCUGCGUACGCACUCUCAGGCCCGGCGACCAACAGCCCGUACGCAUUGCUCGCUGCCUACGUAGUGGCAUUCGGCAUCGCCGAUGUUUUGCGUCAGGCUCUCAUGCCGAGUCGGGCGCAUUUGAGCACAGCAUCGACCUUGCUGACAUGGGUCAUUCGUCCUGCGAUGCUUGGCGCUGCGGGUUUCUGGCUCGCUGACUGGGUGCAUGGCCUGGAUCGCUGGGACGAGCCGACGCGCGCCACGUUCUUUGUCGUCAAAAUGUGGGUGGCCAGAGUCGUGCUUGUCGUCUUGCUGUGUGGCUCGGUGUAUUGGUACUUGUCGCCCCUGAGUCUCUCGGUUCUUCACGAGCGUCCCGCCCCCGGCGCACAGGCACGCGUCUUGCUUCUGGGAUUCGGCAAUACGUUCGGCGCUGCAUUCCUCUUGGCCAUGUCGCUCAUCUUUGCGUACCUGUUCCUGUUGUCACAGCCUAUGGGGCAACUGGCCCUAACAGCAUGCUUUGUCGCUCUGCUUCUCCUGGCCGAGCUGGGCGACCACGAGCGCGAUGCCCGCUUACUGGCUGCAUCCAAACUCGCUGAGGCCACCAAAACCAAAGAGGUCACCUCCACGCGACAUGGUCCCUCGUUCCUCGAUGUGGUGUGUGUCGCUUUGCUGGGCUUUGUGGCUUUCUUCGGUACCGGGCACCAAGCGACCUUUUCGUCCAUCCAGUGGCGGGUGGCCUUUGUUGGCUUUUCGACCGUUACGUAUCCCUGGUCGCCGCUCUUUGUCAUUUUGAAUGCCUUUGGGCCACUGUGUGUCCUGCCGGCGUUUGGCGUCGUUCUUCUCACGCUCUGGAACCUAGCGCCCACUCGCGAACGCCCAGACGAAGAGCGGCCGCCGCCAAUGCGAUUGCCAUGCGACAUCCUGCGCUCGGCUCUUGCGCUCUUGUUGUACGCCGGUACAUUGACGCUCAGUGCAGCGACGUGGGCUUGGUUCUUCCGCCGGCAUCUUAUGCUGUUCAAAAUCUGGGUCCCUCGAUACAUGACAGCUGGUCUGGGUCUCUUGGUGACAGACGUGGCGCUGCUAGGCGCCGUGCUAACCGCAUGGUGCAUUGCUUCUCAUACAUCCCGAGCCUUUGGCACGUUGUACUCAUAG